UAUUCUGUAAUAAUAUAAUCUUCACUUAAUAAUUAAUGGGUUUGACUAAUUAUAAUUUUAUAUAUCGUUAUUAUACGUAAACAUUGAUUGUUGAAGUUGUUUUUAUUUUUUCUAUAAAUUAUAUUUUUGUACAAUGAGCGAAGGAUAUAAAUCUUAUACACCUGGAUGGAAUGACCCACCUUCAUAUUCAUUUGAAGACACUGUGAGUGCUCAACAUGAAAAUCGACCUAAAAUAUUUGAUAGAAUACCUGCACGAGUCUUACCAAAUGCUCCUAGCGAACAAUUCAAUUUAGAAAAUAAACAAAUACCUUUGAAUAAUGAGAUAGUUUCCAAUGAAAAUUGCAAUGAUACUACGACAAUCCCUGUAAUUUCGUCAUCGAUAUGUGACAUUCCUGUAGAAGAUCGUUUAUCUUAUGUGAUGUCAUCUCUGAGUGAUUCGAUACAAAAAUCAACAUUACCAGAUUCCAAGAAAGUGGAUAUUAGUAAACGGUUGUCAAGAUUGGAAGUCAGUUGGAAAGAUAUUCAAUUUACAGACAUAGUACAACAAAAAACUAUCGCAUUAGUCAAAGCAAUAAAAAUCAAUGAUUAUGCUGAAGCAAAUAGACUACAAAUGGCAUUAAUGGUUGACCACACACGUCAAUGCAACACUUGGAUACCAGCUAUUCGACAACUAAUUAAUCAGCACAUAUAAAUUAAUAUUCCAUAAUUGUUACUUAUAAUAUAUAUGUAUUAAAUGAAUUAAGAUAAUUUUAAAAUUGA